GGGGUUGGAGUUGCCAUGCGCGGCGCCUCAUAUAAAACCUGCAACCCACCUCGCGCGCAAUCAAAACAAAACUCAAGAGCUUCUGAGGAGCGUAGUGUUAAGACUUUUAGUGUGUUGCGGGAACAUAGUCAGACGAAGAUGAAGCCCAAGUUCGGAAACGACUUAACUAAUGUUAUCCUCCGCCAGUCUCAGGUGGUGCAAACCCGUAUGGCUGGGAGGGCAGUCAUCAAGGUGGUAAACAGAUGCAAUGAUGCAAAGGAAAACAACAGUCUCAACCUGAGUGAGUGCCAGCUGUGCCAGGUGCCUGACGCCGUGUUCCACCUGAUGAGGAACACCCCGCUCACCACCUGCAACCUGUCCGGCAACCUGCUCUCCAAGAUCCCUCCCAAGUUUGCCCUCAAGUUCUGCCUCAUCACCGAACUCAACCUGUCGCACAAUAAAAUGUCUAAGUUGCCUGAGGAGCUGGUAGAUUGUGUUGAGCUCCAGCGUCUUGACCUUAGUCAUAACUCCUAUGUCAACCUUCCCAGGGUUAUCUUUCGCUUGCCCAAGAUUAAGACUAUCCUUGCUAACAACAAUUAUAUCAUGGAUGUUGAGGUAGAGGAAGUGCAGCGAGCCAAAACUUUGGAGGACUUUGACAUUCGGGAGAACCCUUUAACAGGGAAGAGUCAUGAUGGUUUAAGCCAAGUGACCAACCUGAGGGUGACACUUACACCAAGAGAAAUUGAGGAAUGGGAAGAUCUCACUAUCUGAAUCUACUCUAUAGUUAUACUUUCAUCAUUGUAACCUGAGCUCUUGAAGGCUGUCAGCUCUGUUGAUUUUAGAUUAUAGAGCUUUGGAUUUGAGAAUGUCACCUGUGAAGUGUGAAGCAUUUUGUAAAUAUGAACUUUACAAAUUGUUGGAUCACUGAAGCAAAGGAUUUUGAUAUGGGGUCACAUUACUGUGAUCAAAGACUUCAAAAUAUUAUGGUUUAGCAUUGCUAUAAGAGUCCCUAUAAACUGUAUUCUGAAUUUUUUUAAUUUAUUAGAACAAAAGUCAUAGAAUGUCAUAACAGUACAUGCUGUAAGACAUAAGAAUACGAUAAUUAAUGUAAUUAAGCCAGAUAUUGACAAUAACGAUUGUUAGCCAUUAGGUUUUAAUUACUGUAUAGGUAAGCACAACAUUAUACUUCAGUGAUUAGUACUUUUGUUUUAAGACAUCUAUGAUUACUAAUUGAAAUUUUAAGCAAAACAAUAUUGAGCCUUACAGAAAUGUAUUAACUAUUCAGGGUGUGUGUUUUCUAUUUCUGUUGAUGAAAGAGUAAAGUUUCGAUGCACCUUGCAAUAAGGCUAAGAUGGGAAUCGGAAAAUAAUGCCAAAUAGUUAUAUUAAUUAUUUGUUGUAUUAGAACAAGCUGCACCUAAACAGGCAGAUCCAGCUUGCAAAAUUAAUGAAAGCUUAAAUGAUGCUAGGACCAUACCGAGAUUGGUAAAGAAUGCCUUAUGUUGCCAAGGUUUAGGCACAACACAGCCACCUUGCUAACCAAGAUUUUUACCUUGAAGCUUAAUGACUCAGGUCUUCCCAUGUCUUCAUUCUUGAUUCCAUUGUGUUUAACUGAGACAGGAAUUAGAAUAGUCGUCUGGGGUGAUGGGAGAAGCAACUACUGUAUUUGUUUCAUGUCCAUUUUUUAGAGUACAUAGCCAUUGAUACAAGCAGUUCUUAAUGUUUAUUAUACUUAAUGACUUAACUAAGAUUACUCAAGUGAAUUUUUCAGCAUGGAUAAAGUAAUCUUAUCAAUUUCUUAAUGUGACAAAUUCUUUAUAAUAACCCAAUGAAGGGUUAAGGUUAAAAGUAAAUUAAAGCUCAGUUUAUCAAAAUAUUGACCAAGAAUAAGUAAUUGCAACAUUAAGCAACUUGCAUUUGAUCAAUGGCUUGAAUUUAUCUUUGAUAUUUUUAUAAAUAAUAUGCAAGAGUGUGAAUGAAUGGUUUUUUUUUUUUUUGCCAGUGUAAUAUUGUGCAUAUGGCAGGCAGUGUCUUUCACAUUAACUCUAGAGCUAAUGCAGUAUCUAGUCAGAGUUUUAGGUUGUAUAUAUUGUAUUAUAUAUAUAGUAGAGAUACUCAAAAUGGUGGUGGGCUACCAAAAUUAUGCAUUAUGAUUUGAUAUAUAUACUGUAUGUGUGUGUGUGUGUAUAUAUAUAUAUAUAUAUAUAUAUAUAUAUAUAUAUAUAUAUAUAUAUAUAUAUAUAUAUAUAUAUAUAUAUAUAUAAUAUAUAUAUGUAAUAUAUAUAUAUAUAUAUAUAUAUAUAUGUACAGUAUAGGUAACUCAGUCAUCUGAAUUGCUUGGGACAUAACUGACAUAAUAUGGCUGAAUAUUUUGUGUACUAUUUUAUACUGGAGAGUAUUGGUCUCUAGAAACAAUUUUAUAUCUUAAUAUUGGUUUACAUAUGAUGCCAUACUUUAUUGCUUAAUAUGAAAUUAAACAGUAGAGUGCAAUCAAAUAUCAUCUCAAUAUACAUACAAAGCCAAAUAUACCCACCACUCGGACAGUUCCAGUGAAGUGGUGGCUAAUGUAAAAACAUUUGAACACCCUAGAAAAUGCAAAAUAAAAUGUCAACAAACCUUCA